AUGGCCGCCUUAGACGACAUUAGCUACUUUAGAGAAGACAGAGCUUUUGAGCAUGUGGAAAGUGACUAUGAUAGCCUGUUUGCAUCACUGAGUCAAGACUGGCAUCGUGAGGACCGUGUGUGCUAUGGGAGUCCUCCACUUGCCACUGGAGAGUCCUCGUUUCAGAGAGAAGGGCUGGUUAAUGUGAGCACCGCGUGGGGACCGGGGUCGGGGGUCGGGGGCGGUAUGCGAGGCGCUCGGCUGAGGCCGACCGCAGGGAAGUGGAGCCCGGAGCCCACAGGUAAUCUGAGCCCCGAGGAGUGAGACGCCCGUGCUUUCUGCAUGCAGUUAGCAGCCCGUAUUUGGCAUUGAGACCUGGAGGACUUUUUUUCAGCUGUUGGCAAGGUUCGCCAUGUGCGUUUCAUCUCAGAUCGGAACUCAUAUCGCUCUAAAGGCGUGGCCUGUGUGGAAUUCUGUGAAAUCCAGUCUGUGCGCUGGCCAUUGGCAGAGAAGGACUUACUGGCAGCCAGGACCAACAACCCGGAGGGUAGUGGUGGGCUGAUGCGUCCCUGUGUGGACUGCUUGCUCGGUAGCACUGAGGACAUACUCCGCGGCAUCUGUGAGCCCUUCAGCAAAGCCCUGGAACAACUGAAUGGCUUUGAACUUGCUGGUCCUGUGAGAGUUGGUCACGUGACUGAGCAGUUAGAUGGUGGCACAGACAUCACUUUUCCUGAUGGGGACCAGGAGCUGGAUCUUGGAUCAACAGGCUCUGGAAUUCAGCUGUCAACCACAGCUUCAGCCGCCCAGGCUGCUGCCUUGCAACUGAACGGGGCGGUUCCCUUGGGAGCUUGGAAGCCAGUGGCUCUGACUGAUAGACUUAAAUUGGGAGAGGGAGGUGGUGUUUGGGCUUGGGAAGAGGGAGUGCUCUGCUCACUCAGCUACUCCGUUCUUUGUUCUAGCUCAGAGUCCAGCCUGGGCCUCACCUCACAGGCAGUUGCAUCCCUGUGCUUCCAUCUCUGCAGCUUUUUCACUCCCGACCAUGUGAGUCUCAGGCCCUGGUUUAUUCUAGUGUCUGGCUUUCUUGUGGCUUCCAUUUACCCUUUUCCUUGCCAGAGGUAAAUCAGUGGCACAGCACCCUGCCUCCCUGUGCCUGUGAAUCCUGCUGCUUGCUUCUUCAUAUCUACACUGCUCCUGCCUGACUUCCGUUUUGUGGACCAAGCCGUCCUGAGGACAAGGACAUUGACUGCAGGAAUUGGGGCCACUCAGAAAUGAAGAAAGCUGCUGCCCGUACCGCUUUGGGAAUGGACUGGUUCAGCAAAGCCCCCAGCUGGAGAGAUCAGGAUCCACACCUACACUGAGUACCAAGAUGACUUUCCUGCCCUUUCCCACCAAGUCUCAGUGAUUCCUGGCUCCGCCCCCACUGGGAAGGCCAAGGGGCAUUAACACAUGGGUUAACCUCUCUCCAUUCCCUGUACCCUCACCUGUAACCUGUUAUAGGAAACGUGGUGGACCUCUAGAUCCGGAAGACCCUGGAGUCCAGGGUGUGCACCAGCGCUGGCUUUCGGCUGCAAGGACCCUGGAAGAUCACGUGAACAUGUGCACGUGGAGCCUGCCUUAGGCCUCAGUUUGGUGCAGCUGAAGGGCAAGAACUGCUACUGCAGGCUCAGGCUCUUGCUGGGAGGAGUAGGGAACAUCUGUCUUGCGAGGCAGCUGGGAUGCCUCAGGGGCUUUUGGAGUUCAGGAAAAGAAGGUGAGGCACCUUUCCAGUCUCUUCAUCUUCCUUUGCGUACCCCCCAGCUCCUCCCGUUGGCUUAGGCUGGGAGGAUGGCGCGGGUGCUGAUGCUCCUCACUUCUUCCUGUGUGCCUCCACUGUGGCCUCACCCCCAGUGGUUAAAGCCCCUCCUACCCCUACCUGGGCAUGUGUGAGCCCUUCUCACUGGGUUUUAUACCCUGUGUUGUACAUAUAAAUAAAUAUAUAAACUUUGUACAGGGGGCUGGGGAUUUAGCGCAGUGGUACAGCGCCUGCCUG